CAUCACAUCAAGAAAAAAACUUGUUUAUUUGAAUCUCUCUUAAUUUCUCUAUUCUCUAAGAACCUUGCUUCUUGUGAUUUCUUCUUAAUUGCAAAAAAUGGAGAGUUGUUUAUCAUAUGAAGGAGAUCUGAAUCUCAAGGAUACAGAGCUUAGACUUGGCCUUCCAUGGACAAAUGAAAAACCAACAAUCAGAAACAACAAAAGAUCAUUGCCUGACGCCGGCGAUGAACAAGUUGCCGGCGAAGACUCUCCGGCUGCCCCACCUCCGGCCAAGGCACAAGUUGUUGGAUGGCCGCCAAUCCGAUCUUACCGAAAAAACAACAUGAUUAUUGAAAGGACUAAGGUUGAUCAAAUAGAAACCGGAGGAAUUUAUGUUAAAGUGAGUGUGGAUGGAGCUCCUUAUUUGAGGAAGAUGGAUCUUGCAAUGUACAACGGUUACUCACAACUUUUGGAGGCGUUGGGAAGUAUGUUUAGAUUGACGAUAGGAGAAUAUUCCGAGAGAGAAGGAUACAAGGGAUCGGAAUACUCACCAACGUACGAAGAUAAGGAUGGUGAUUGGAUGUUGGUCGGAGAUGUCCCAUGGGAGAUGUUUAAGUCAUCGUGCAAGAGAUUAAGAAUCGUGAAAGGGAUGGAAGCGAAGGAAAUUUGAUGGAUCGAGUUCGAUAGGACCAUGCAUGGCAAUUUUGGCAUAGGAGUUAAGGGUUUUAGGUUUUUUAUUAGUGUCUCUAUAAUAUUUGUUCAUAUCAUGUACUUUGGAAGAGAUGAAAACCCAUGGUUUAAGAAGAAUAUUUAAUUGAUGUUGUAUUUUUAUAAUGUAUACAAUAUAGUUUGUUGUUUAAGAUCAAACAUUUUAUUUUCUUAUU